CGCAGCUAGCCGAGCUCACUCGCACAGCGGCUGCCAGGGCGAUGCGGCCAUGGAGCGACGGGAACUUCCCGCAAGGACUACAUCUCCCGGCAACCCCCGCGGCGGGGAUACGCAGCGCCCGCUAACCGUCCCCACACAGCAAACAGCGGUGGACAUGGCGGACGCGACUGGAUACCCGCCCUUCUUGCUUGGCAAACCCCGCUUCGAGCAGAGCACGUUCUACGGGAGAUUCCGCCACUUCCUCGAUGUCAUGGACCCCCGCACGCUCUUUGUGUCUGAGAUCCGUCUUCAGGAAGCCAUCCAGCUGCUGGAAGAUUACAAACACGGGACGCUGCCCCCUGGAGUCACCGACAAAGAGCUUUGGGGAGCCCAGAAGAUAAAGCAGGCCAUCAUCCAUCCAGAUACCAACGAGAAGAUAUUCAUGCCUUUCAGAAUGUCAGGUUACAUUCCCUUUGGGACUCCGAUAGUUGUGGGUCUCCUGCUGCCAAACCAGACCCUGGCAUCGACCGUCUUCUGGCAGUGGCUGAAUCAGAGUCAUAACGCAGGCGUCAACUAUGCAAACCGAAACGCUACCAAGCCAUCGCCAACCUCGAAGUUCGUCCUGGGAUACGCCGGAGCUGUGAUCAGCGCCGUCUCUAUAGCGGUUGGCCUUAACGUUCUGGUCCAGAGAGCUCACAAGUUUACCCCUUCCACUCGCCUCUUGAUCCAGCGCUUCGUGCCGUUCCCAGCUGUAGCAAGCGCCAAUAUUUGCAACGUGGUCCUGAUGAGACACGGCGAGCUCGAAGAAGGCAUUGAUGUUCUUGACGGCAACGGAAACAUCGUCGGUUCAUCGAAAAUAGCCGCAAAACACGCUCUGCUCGAGACGGCUCUCACCAGAGUGGUGCUUCCGAUGCCGAUACUGGUCCUACCUCCCAUCAUUAUGUCUGUACUUGAAAAGACGUCGUUGCUGCGCUCAUACCCGCGAUUGACCCUCUCAGUGCAUAGCCUCGUGUGCCUUGCUGCCUUUGGGCUGGCUCUUCCUCUAGCCAUCAGUCUCUUCCCGCAGAUGUCUGAGAUUGAGACUUCCCGAUUAGAGCCAGAAAUAGCCUCCAGGACCACCUCCAAGACGGUGAUCUACAACAAGGGAUUGUAAGCCAAAACCAGCUCGUUUCAUCACCAAGCGACGGGGCCGAGACCGGCAGCACCCUCCUCCAUGCGGGAAACCGAGGGGACUUCGACUCGCUCUCCACCACCUUGACAGCUGGAGAGAAUUAACACAUUCACACAACCGCCACCUCACCGAGGUAGAAGAAUUAAUUCGGGUUUCGCCGUUGCUAAGGGGGACGAGAAAUAGCACGAAGUGGCAUCAACAUUUUUAGAAUGCGAUAUAGAAACUAAAGGCACAUGUUCGUUAGGAUCAUA